GCGGCGGCAGCGGCGCGGCGAGGCUGAGGCUCUUGUUUACCAGCAUUAACUCCGCUGAGCGGAAAAAAAAAAAAAAAAAAAGGGGAAAAAAAAAAAAAAAAAACCCGAGGAGGAGCGAGCGCACCAGGCGAACUCGAGAGAGGCGAGCGAGCGAGAGGGACGCCGCCAGCGAGCCUGCCCCCGGCGCGCCCGUGCCCGGCGCUUGCAGACCCUCGGCCCCACUCCCCGGGCCCUCCACGCCCCUCCCGCGCUAGGGGAGCUCCACGGCGCGUUGCGCGCCUCGGCUUUGACCUUCAGCGAGCCGGAGCCCCCGCGCGCGGAGCCGGCGGCGGCGGGCGGGGGCCGGGCGGGGGCCGGCGCGGAGCCCGGGCGGCGCGGCGGGAGUGCUGAGCGCGGCGCGGCCGGCCCGCCGCUUUGUGUGUGUUCUGGAUUUGGGAAGGAGCUCGCGGCGGCGGCGGCGCUGAGGGAGGAGGCGGCGGCGAGCGGAGCCCGGAGGAGGAGGAGGAGGGGGAGCCGCUCAUUCAUUUUUACUCCGCAUUUCUGCCCCCGGCCGGCCUCGCCCGCGACCCGGACUUCGGGGCAAUCUUGCGAACUGCGUCGCGCCCUCCCGCCGCGGAGGCUCGGGUGUCGGACAGCUUCCCGCUCUGCCUGGGGUCGGGCUUGUUUUUCUCCGCCGAGACGAAUUUGGGCUUUGCCCCCUUUCUGUGCAGUUCCCCCCCCUCCUGCCUCUCUGGGUUUGAAAAUGGAGGCCGACGACGCCGACAGCCCGCCCCGGCGCGCCUCGGGUUCCCGACUCCGCCGAGCCCUGGGCCGAGGCUGCCGGCGCUGAGGGGCCGCCCCGCGCCGCCGCCCGCCCGCUCGGCGCACCCGGAGGGUCCCCGGCCGGCGCCGCCUUUGGAGUAUUGUUUCCUUCGCCCUUGUUUUCGGAGGGGGCGAAGACUGAGUUUGAGACUUUUUCUUCCUUUCCCGUUUUUUUUUCUUUUUGUUUUCUUUGUUUUCUUUUGAUUUUUCUUUUUGUUUUUUUUUUAUUUUUUUGAGAGAGGGGAAUUUCGUCCCAAAUAAAAGGAAUGAAGUCUGGCUCCGGAGGAGGGUCCCCGACCUCGCUGUGGGGGCUCCUGUUUUUCUCCGCCGCGCUCUCGCUCUGGCCGACGAGUGGAGAAAUCUGCGGGCCGGGCAUCGAUAUCCGCAACGACUAUCAGCAGCUGAGGCGCCUGGAGAACUGCACGGUGAUUGAGGGCUACCUCCACAUCCUGCUCAUCUCCAAGGCAGAGGACUACCGCAGCUACCGCUUCCCCAAGCUCACGGUCAUCACCGAGUACUUGCUGCUGUUCCGCGUGGCCGGCCUCGAGAGCCUCGGGGACCUCUUCCCGAACCUCACGGUCAUCCGCGGCUGGAAACUCUUCUACAACUACGCCCUGGUCAUCUUUGAGAUGACCAAUCUCAAGGAUAUUGGGCUUUACAAUCUGAGGAACAUUACCCGGGGGGCCAUCAGGAUUGAGAAAAAUGCUGACCUCUGUUACCUCUCCACGGUGGACUGGUCCCUCAUCCUGGAUGCGGUGUCUAAUAACUACAUCGUGGGAAACAAGCCCCCAAAGGAAUGCGGGGACCUGUGUCCGGGGACGAUGGAGGAGAAGCCCUUGUGCGAGAAGACGACCAUCAACAAUGAAUACAACUACCGCUGCUGGACGACCAACCGCUGCCAGAAAAUGUGCCCGAGCGCGUGCGGGAAGCGGGCGUGCACGGACAGCAACGAGUGCUGUCACCCCGAGUGCCUGGGCAGCUGCAGCGCGCCGGACAACGACACGGCCUGCGUGGCCUGCAGGCAUUACUACUACGCCGGCGUCUGCGUGCCCACCUGCCCGCCCAACACCUACCGCUUUGAGGGCUGGCGCUGCGUGGACCGCGACUUCUGCGCCAACAUCCCCAGCGCCGAGAGCAGCGACUCCGAGGGGUUCGUGAUCCAUGACGGCGAGUGCAUGCAGGAGUGCCCCUCCGGGUUCAUCCGGAACGGGAGUCAGAGCAUGUACUGCAUCCCUUGUGAAGGUCCUUGCCCCAAGGUCUGCGAGGAGGAGAAGAAAACAAAGACCAUUGAUUCUGUUACCUCUGCUCAAAUGCUCCAAGGAUGCACCAUCUUCAAGGGCAAUCUGCUCAUUAAUAUCCGCCGAGGCAAUAACAUUGCCUCGGAGCUGGAGAACUUCAUGGGACUCAUCGAGGUGGUGACAGGCUAUGUGAAGAUCCGCCAUUCCCACGCCUUGGUCUCCUUGUCCUUCCUCAAAAACCUUCGCCAGAUCUUAGGAGAGGAGCAGCUGGAGGGGAACUACUCUUUCUAUGUCCUCGACAACCAGAACCUGCAGCAGCUCUGGGACUGGGGCCACCGCAAUCUGACCAUCAAAGCUGGGAAGAUGUACUUUGCUUUCAACCCCAAGUUGUGCGUCUCCGAAAUUUACCGCAUGGAGGAGGUGACCGGGACUAAGGGGCGCCAGAGCAAAGGGGACAUCAAUACGAGGAACAAUGGAGAGCGAGCCUCCUGUGAAAGUGACGUCCUGCACUUCACCUCUACGACCACGUGGAAGAACCGCAUCAUCAUAACCUGGCACCGGUACCGGCCCCCUGACUACAGGGACCUCAUCAGCUUCACCGUCUACUACAAAGAGGCACCUUUUAAAAACGUCACGGAGUAUGAUGGCCAGGAUGCCUGUGGCUCCAACAGCUGGAACAUGGUAGACGUGGACCUCCCUCCCAACAAGGACGUCGAGCCUGGCAUUUUACUGCACGGACUAAAGCCUUGGACGCAGUAUGCCGUUUACGUCAAGGCAGUGACCCUCACCAUGGUGGAGAAUGACCACAUCCGCGGGGCCAAGAGUGAAAUCUUGUACAUUCGCACCAAUGCUUCAGUUCCUUCCAUUCCCCUGGAUGUUCUUUCGGCAUCAAACUCCUCUUCUCAGCUCAUCGUGAAGUGGAACCCGCCGUCCCUGCCCAACGGCAACCUGAGUUACUACAUCGUGAGGUGGCAGCGGCAGCCCCAGGACAGCUACCUUUACCGCCACAACUACUGCUCCAAAGACAAAAUCCCCAUCAGGAAGUAUGCCGAUGGCACCAUUGACGUCGAGGAGGUGACCGAGAACCCCAAGACCGAAGUGUGCGGCGGAGAGAAGGGGCCUUGCUGUGCCUGCCCCAAAACCGAGGCCGAGAAGCAGGCGGAGAAGGAGGAGGCUGAGUACCGCAAAGUCUUCGAGAACUUCCUGCACAACUCCAUCUUUGUGCCCAGACCUGAAAGGAAGCGGAGAGAUGUCACACAAGUCACCAACACCACCAUGUCCAGCCGAAGCAGGAACAUCACGGUGGCAGACACCUAUAAUAUCACAGACCCCGAAGAGCUCGAGACAGAAUACCCUUUCUUUGAGAGCAGAGUGGAUAACAAGGAGAGAACUGUGAUCUCUAACCUCCGGCCUUUCACUUUGUACCGCAUUGACAUCCACAGCUGUAACCACGAGGCUGAGAAGCUGGGCUGCAGCGCCUCCAACUUUGUCUUUGCAAGAACCAUGCCUGCAGAAGGAGCAGACGACAUUCCUGGGCCGGUGACCUGGGAGUCAAGGCCUGAAAACUCCAUCUUUUUAAAGUGGCCGGAACCUGAGAAUCCCAAUGGACUGAUUCUAAUGUAUGAAAUAAAAUAUGGAUCACAAAUCGAGGAUCAGCGGGAAUGUGUAUCCAGACAGGAGUACCGGAAGUAUGGAGGCGCCAAGCUUAACCGGCUCAACCCGGGGAACUAUACGGCCCGGAUCCAGGCCACCUCUCUCUCUGGGAAUGGGUCGUGGACGGAUCCCGUGUUCUUCUACGUCCCCGCCAAAAUAACAUAUGAAAAUUUCAUCCACCUGAUCAUCGCUCUGCCUGUUGCUGUCCUGCUGAUAGUGGGGGGACUGGUUAUCAUGUUGUACGUCUUCCACAGAAAAAGAAAUAACAGCAGGCUGGGGAAUGGAGUGCUGUAUGCUUCGGUGAACCCAGAGUACUUCAGUGCCGCAGAUGUGUAUGUACCUGAUGAGUGGGAGGUUGCUCGGGAGAAAAUCACCAUGAGCCGAGAGCUGGGGCAGGGCUCGUUUGGGAUGGUGUACGAAGGAGUUGCCAAAGGCGUGGUUAAAGAUGAGCCCGAAACCAGGGUGGCCAUCAAAACGGUGAACGAGGCCGCGAGCAUGCGUGAAAGGAUUGAAUUUCUCAACGAGGCUUCAGUGAUGAAGGAGUUCAAUUGUCACCAUGUGGUGCGGUUGCUGGGCGUGGUGUCCCAGGGCCAGCCGACGCUGGUCAUCAUGGAACUGAUGACGCGGGGCGAUCUCAAAAGUUAUCUCAGGUCUCUGAGGCCAGAAAUAGAGAAUAAUCCAGUCCUAGCACCUCCAAGCCUAAGCAAGAUGAUCCAGAUGGCUGGAGAGAUUGCAGACGGCAUGGCAUACCUCAACGCCAACAAGUUUGUCCACAGGGACCUUGCUGCCCGGAACUGCAUGGUGGCUGAAGAUUUCACAGUCAAAAUCGGAGAUUUCGGUAUGACGAGAGAUAUCUACGAGACAGACUAUUACCGGAAAGGAGGGAAGGGGCUGCUGCCUGUGCGCUGGAUGUCACCCGAGUCCCUCAAGGAUGGGGUCUUCACCACUCACUCUGACGUCUGGUCCUUCGGGGUCGUUCUCUGGGAGAUCGCCACGCUGGCCGAGCAGCCAUACCAGGGCUUGUCCAACGAGCAAGUGCUUCGCUUCGUCAUGGAGGGCGGCCUUCUGGACAAGCCGGACAACUGCCCCGACAUGCUGUUUGAACUGAUGCGCAUGUGCUGGCAGUACAACCCCAAGAUGAGGCCUUCCUUCCUGGAGAUCAUCAGCAGCAUCAAGGACGAGAUGGAACCCGGCUUCCGGGAGGUCUCCUUCUACUACAGCGAGGAGAACAAGCCGCCCGAGCCGGAGGAGCUGGAUCUGGAGCCGGAGGACAUGGAGAGCGUCCCCCUGGACCCCUCCGCCUCCUCGUCCUCCCUGCCGCUGCCCGACAGACACUCAGGACACAAGGCCGAGAACGGCCCGGGCCCCGGCGUGCUGGUUCUCCGAGCCAGCUUCGACGAGAGACAGCCUUACGCGCACAUGAACGGGGGACGCAAGAACGAGAGGGCCUUGCCUCUGCCCCAGUCUUCGACCUGCUGAUCCUCGGAUCCCGGAUCCCGUGCAAACAGUAACGUGUGUGCACGCUCGGCGGCGGGUGGGGGGAGAGAGUUUUAACAAUCUAUUCACAGCCUCCUGUACCUCAGUGGAUCUUCAGAACUGCCAUUGCUGCCCACGGGAGACGGCUUCUCUGCAGUAAACACAUUUGGGAUGUUCCUUUUUUCAAUAUGCAAGCAGCUUUUUAUUUCCCUACCCGAACCCUUAACUGACAUGGGCCUUUAAGAACCUUAAUGACAACACUUAAUAGCAACAGAACACUUGAGAAUCGAGUCUCCUCACUCUUUCCCGGUCUCUCCUCUCAUUAUCUGUCUCCCUCCCUCUCCCCCCGCCCCUUCUCUCUCUCUCUCUCUCUCUCACCUUUCUUUCUUUCUGCUUCAUGAUAGAAAAACAUUUGCCGCAACCCCAGCUGGGACGCCCUUUUGAUCAGAUUGAGGAAAUGGCUGUCCCUCCCUGCGGCCCCCACCCCCACUGCCCCUGUACACACCUGCCUAUCACCGUAGGUCUUUAUAAACAAAACAAAACAAAACACCUUGAGACGGGAUUUUUUUAACUGUAUCUUUAACCUUUUUAGGGACAUAACGAGAUUUAAAAAGGGCCAUCAUUCAUUCAAGGUUGUCACCAUUUUAAUGCUGCCAAAUUCUGCCAAAACCCUGAACUUCCUCCCUCACGACCCCCGCACUUAUCUCCUUGUUUCCAGAGGCAUGGGGCGAGCAUGGUAUCUAGUCACGUCAUUUAAGAGCCACGUGGAUGAUGCACUCCAUCUGGUCGCCCCUGGCGUUCUUUUCAAGUCUUACGUUCACACAGGUCUGAUCGCUUUCUGACUAGGCUAUUGUUUGGGGGGAAGUGGACAGGAUGGGAUUUUCUCUCGGUGGAGACUGGGAGAAGUUGAACCCGGCUUCCCUGCCCCUCUCCCCCACCCCCAACUGCUAGCCCCCCGGAAUUGUGGAGGAAACAGGCCCUGUCGUGAGCCUGGAAGACAGGCUUUGAGUCAAGGUCAUCCACGUGCCAGUCUCCUGUCCCCCCUGCCCUUGGCCCCCCGCUCCCGGCCCCCAGGACACAGAUGGGAAGGGGUUUCCAGGGACUCAGCCCAACUGUUUAUGCAGGUUUGCAAGGAAAAGAAAUUCAAACACCACCACAACAGUAAGAAGCAAAGCAGUAAAUGGAUUCAAGCAUUCUAAGCUUUGUUGACAUUUUCUCUGUUACUAGGACUUCUUCAUGGGUCUUACAGUUCUAUGUUAGACCAUGAAACAUUUGCAUACACAUCGUCUUUAAUGUCACUUUUAUAACUUUUUUACGGUUCAGAUAUUCAUCUAUACGUCUGUACAGAAAAAAAAAAAGCUGCUAUUUUUUUUGUCCUUUAUCUUUGUGGAUUUAAUCUAUGAAAACCUUCAGGUCUACCCUCCUUCCCUCUCUGCUCACUCCAAGAAACUUCUUAUGCUUUGUACUAGAGUGCGUGACUUUCUUCCUCUCUUCCCAGUAAUCGAUACUUCUCGAACAUAAUUUGCCAUGAACUGUUUGAUGCCUUUUUAUAAAUACGCCCUCCCCUCCCCGCUCCCCCUGCCCGUUAGUUACGUUCUCACCCGUAGGCUGUGUGGGCACGAGGCUGGCGAGGGAGGCAGCGCCCCCCACCCCCCACCCGGCCUGCUCUCUCACCGCGCUGGAGUCUGUUACAGUGCAAGACAUGACGCAAACUCAGGUCAGAAAACAAAAGGUUAAAUACGUCGCACAUCCUCGUUCAGUGUUUCUAGUCGCGUUGUUGGACAGUCUCACCUUCACUUUCCCUCACCUUCGUUUUGGUUGUGACACACAUAUCUCUAUUUUUUUAAUUACUGGGUACAACAGCAGUUUGAACUGCAGACGCUAGGCAUUUGGAUUACUUUUUUUUUUUUUUUUUUUAUGGAUAUUUAAUCCUUCCAUCCCAUGAAAAACAGCUGCUGAGUCCAAGGGUGCAGCGGAGCGGGGUCCGGCGGGCCCCUCCAUGGCCUCCGCCACCACCCUCCAGACCCACCUACCUGUCUCCAGAACCAGAAACUCCCUGGGGGGCCUCCCGAGCACUGGCGGGGAGGGAGCCACGGGGGUGGCCUCCUCAGGGCGUCAGCCAGCCCCCCACCCCCACCCCCUCCAGGGUGCAGGGCCGGAGGGGUCGGGCACGCAUGGGCACCAUGGUGGCCGAUGGCCCUGGAGCCCGGUGCGCUCCGCGGGGGGGGGGGGGGGGGGGGGGGGGGGGGGGGAGGGAGCAGGGGAGGGACCAGAGCCCUGGCGCUGGCUCGCUUCUCCUCGGCCAGGAAUCCCAGUCCUCCGGGCCCGGGGGUCUUGUUUUGUUUAGUUUUUAGCACUUCUCACCAGAGUGAUGACAGCACCCGAGUUGCUUCUGGGAUGGAACUGUUUCAAUUACGAGGAGGAACAAAGCUAAAGUCUGAUGGUUGCUAGUCGUGACGAGAUGAAACACGAGAAAGCAAGCAUGUCGUGCUUUUUCUGGUCAGUACCUUAAGUCCUGCGAUGUUCUCUAGCCUCUGCCCCAUGGUUUUUCUCCCUUAAGAAAAAAAAAAUGAGAAAAAGAAAAAAAGUUAAGAAGGUAUUCUAUGUAGGAGUUUUAAUUUAUUUUGUGAUACCAGUUUCAAUCACUGUAGAGAAGCCCCCAGUGAUGAAUUUAAAUACUGAGGAAAGGGUUUUGUGUGCCUGUGCAUGUGCGUGUGCGUGUGUGUGUAAGACAGGACAGUUUUCGGGUUUCUUUUGGUUUUUUGGUUUUGUUUUCGUGUUUUGGUUUUGGUUUUCAAACAUUUAUCUACCUCACUCUUCUUUUUUAUAUGUGUAUAUAUACAGAAGAAUACAUAUCCCAUCUCUCAGCACCUGACAAUAUGCCAUUGAUAUCGGUAACCUCAUCCACACCACAGGCCGAGCACAUGAGGCAGGGAGAGGCCAGGAGGCUGUAUUCGGGGGUUGAAGCAACACUAACCCGCCUCUGCGCUCAUUUCAGACAGCUUGCCUUUCUCCCAGAUGUCUCGUUUCUUUCUCCUCCUCCUCCUCGCUUGCUCUCCUAAGAGGCUCGUCCUUAGGAUUCCCUUCGUGGCGGGCGGGGGGAGGCCGCCCGGCUGUCCCAGGCCGUCACUGAAACGGACUUUGCGCAGAGUGAAUGACACACAGAUUCUGUCAUCUGGAAGAGCGCUCGUUUUGCAGGUUUUGAGGACAGGGAGCACCGCGGGGGAGCAGUCAGUCUCUGGGCGUAACCGCACCUGUACGCGUGCGGUGUCCGGGUCUCGGGCCGCUGCUCUGGCCGCCGAGGCCCAGGCCUGCGCCGGUUCAGUUCGGUGGUGCGGCCACAUCAGCGCUUUGAGCCCCUGGCCCGCCAGGCCUCCUGCCCGAGAAAGCAGGCCUUCCUGCACUCGAGGAUGCACGUGGGAGAAAAGCUCCCCCCCCCACCCCGCCCCCCAGACUGUUCCUCCACCUCACCCUCCUCUCCUCCUCCCCCCCGGGAAAACAGAGACCAAACCUGCGGGCUGGAAGGGGCUGGUGGUCGGCGCCCGGCCUUCUCCCCGGGUGGCACUGCCUCCUGCCCGGGGCCUCGCCUCCAUCCCAUCACCUGCUGCUCCCAGGCGGACGGCGCGCUGCCCGCUUCCAGACGCUGCUCUCGCAGGCACCGGUGAUCCUCUCUGGCAGACGCGGUGGCGGUUUUCCCGAAGGGCGGUGGCUCCUUUCAGAUCCCGCACCGCAGUUCCGUCCUGCGAGCACACUACUCUCUUUCCCCAGCCCCCUGGCAUCUUAAGGUCACUGAGAAAUACUGUCGGAUCAGGGUUUUCUUCUUCCGCACUGUAGGUGACCCCUGGGAAUAGUAGCCUCUCCUCUUUUGCACAAACCUACCGGUUUCCACAACUGGAUUUCUACAGAUCAUUCAGCUGGUUCUAAGGGUUUUGUUUCAACUGUCCUCGAGUUGUUGGUGUCCUUCUGUCUUUGUUUUACGUAGGUGGUUUCUCUUUAAGUAGAAAGAAAACAGUAAUAGCGUAGUGCCCAUCCUAACAAAAGCUUCAGAAACACUUAAAUAAAAGAAAAUUUUGCUUGCGUGACGGUGCAGUCAUUUUACUGGACCAAACCACCCACCUUGACUUUACCAAGGCAUCAUCUGUCCACAGUUCUAGCCUCAUUUUAUGCUGAUUUUCCCACCUCUUCUUGAUUUUUCUCUUUCGUAUGCUCCACAUAAUUUAAUCAAGCUGCGUUGUGGCAUUUUUCCACGCAACCUCCUCCUGACAGCAGCUCACGCUGCUUGAAGUGACGUGAACCACUGAGGCACAUCAUGGAAUUGAUGUGAGCAUUAAAACGAUAGCACACACAGCCCUUCCCCGAGGCAGCAGGAGCUGGCGUGUUCUGGAGACACUGUCGAACGUCAGCCGUGUGACGCCCAGACCACUCCAGCUCUCCUUUGUGGGAUGUGGUGACGUUUGACACACAGUUGGAAUGAGCUUCCUCCUUGGAAGAUGGAAGACCGUGUUCGUGGCCGGCAGCGGCCUCUCCUUCCAACCUGUCUCUUAGGACUUGGGACGACAUUUCAAUGGUAGGAAAAGUGGCUUGGUAAAAUUAAAAAAAAAAAAAAAAAAAAAAA